AAACGCACGACGGGAAUGAUGCGCUAAAAUGAACGAAAGGAAACGCAUUUUAAUCGAAGACGAUGACUUCAGGAAACGCACAGUUAUAAACACGGAUAUUAGCCAGAAUGAUCCACACAUGAGUUCGGGAGUUGGAGGAACAGGCUUUUCCAAUGACCACGGGCAUUACCAUGGUAGGCGGGGCAGUGGCAACGGGCCAAUCCUGACGCGGCUCCCCCCGGGGAAGGCGAGGCGGCAGGGUGCGCGUGGGCCCGCCUACAUGUUCAGCGCCCGCUCCGACAGCCUAUCGCUGACCGAGGAGCGCUUCCUGGACGCGGCCGAGUACGGCAACGUGCCCGUGGUGCGCCGGAUGCUGGAGCAGCUGCCCGAGCUCAACGUCAACUGCGUGGACUACAUGGGCCAGAAUGCACUGCAGCUGGCCGUGGCCAAUGAGCACCUGGAGGUGACGGCGCUGCUGCUGAAGAAGGACAACCUGGCGCGGAUCGGCGACGCCCUGCUGCUGGCCAUCAGCAAAGGCUACGUGCGCAUCGCGGAGGCCAUCCUGGCUCACCGCGCCUUCGGCGACCCGCGGCGGCUGACGGCCAGCCCCGGCCAGGCCGAGAUGGCGCACGACGACUUCUUCGCUUACGACGAGGACGGCUCGCGGUUCUCGCAGGACAUCACGCCCGUGCUGCUGGCCGCCCACUGCCAGGAGUACGAGAUCGUGCACAUCCUGCUGAGCCGGGGCGCACGCAUCGAGAGGCCGCACGACUACUUCUGCAAGUGCAGUACCUGCGCCCACCACCAGAGGCACGACUCCUUCAGCCACUCCCGCUCCCGCAUCAACGCCUACAAGGGCCUGGCCAGCCCCGCCUACCUGUCGCUCUCCAGCGAAGACCCUGUCCUGACUGCCCUGGAGCUCAGCAACGAGCUCGCCAUACUGGCCAACAUCGAGAAGGAGUUUAAGAACGAUUAUAAGAAACUGUCUAUGCAAUGUAAAGAUUUCGUGGUGGGGCUGCUGGACCUGUGCCGGAACACGGAAGAGGUGGAAGCCAUCUUGAACGGCGACUGCGAAUCGAGGGAAAGUUCGCGGACGUUGGACGGAUCCUGCCGGCCGUGCCUCAUUCGCUUAAAACUCGCCAUCAAGUACGAGCUGAAAAAGUUUGUGGCCCAUCCGAACUGCCAGCAGCAGCUCCUCUCCAUCUGGUACGAGAACCUGUCGGGCCUCCGGCAGCAGACCACCGCCGUGAAGAUCCUGGUGGUCCUGGGCGUGCUCAUCGGCCUUCCUCUGCUGGCCGUGGUGUACUGGAUCGCUCCCGGGAGCAAGCUGGGGAGGAUCAUGCGAGGCCCCUUUAUGAAAUUCGUGGCCCACGCGGCGUCCUUCAUCAUUUUUCUCAUCCUCCUCGUCAUGAACGCAGCCGACCGCUUCGAGGGAACCAGUCUGCUCCCCGACAUGACGACCCAGGACCACCCGCUGCAGCUGUUCCGCAUGAAGACCACCCCCUUCACCUGGAUGGAGAUGCUAAUUAUAUCCUGGGUCGUAGGGAUGAUCUGGGCCGAAUGCAAAGAGAUCUGGUCCCAGGGCCCUCGGGAGUACCUGCUGGAGCCGUGGAACCUUCUGGACUUCGGAAUGCUGGCCAUCUUUGUGUCGUCCUUCAUCGCCAGAUUCAUGGCGUUCUGGCACGCCCACUCGGCACAGAUCUACGUGAACGAGCACUACACGGACCUGUCCAACAUAACCCUGCCCUUCCACAUCGAGUACUACCGCCUCGCCCGGAUCAAGUGGGUGCCCUCUGACCCCCAGGUGAUAUCCGAGGGCCUUUACGCCAUCGCCGUGGUCCUGAGCUUCUCCCGCAUCGCCUACAUCCUGCCCGCCAACGAGAGCUUCGGGCCGCUGCAGAUAUCGCUGGGCAGGACGGUGAAGGACAUCUUCAAGUUCAUGGUGAUUUUCAUCAUGGUCUUCCUGGCCUUCAUGAUCGGCAUGUUCAACCUCUACUCCUACUACCUUGGAGCCAAGCAGAACAAUGCCUUCACCACGGUUGAAGAAAGCUUCAAGACGUUGUUCUGGGCCGUGUUCGGACUGUCGGAAGUGAAAUCGGUGGUGAUAAACAACGGACACAAGUUCAUCGAGAACAUCGGCUACGUCCUGUACGGCGUGUACAACGUGACUGUGGUCAUCGUGCUCCUCAACAUGCUCAUAGCCAUGAUAAACAGCUCUUUCCAGGAAAUCCAGGACGACGCUGACGUGGAAUGGAAAUUCGCCAGAGCCAAACUGUGGUUCUCCUACUUCGAGGAGGGAGGGACGCUCCCCGUCCCGUACAACCUGGUGCCCAGCCCAAAGUCCCUGUGCAGGCUGGCGCUGGGUCUGCGGGACCUGCUGCUGCCCCUGGCCCGCAGAAACGGGGGCAACUUCAGGGGGGACACAGAGCUCAGCGAGCUUGGACAAAGCAAGGACUCAAGUGCUAGAAGUUCACCUUGUUCAAGUCGUCACCAGAAGAUAAUGAAGAGGCUGAUUAAGCGCUACAUCCUCAAAGCACAAGUGGAUAAGGAGAGCGACGAGGUGAACGAAGGCGAGCUGAAGGAGAUCAAGCAGGACAUCUCCAGCCUGCGGUACGAGCUCCUGGAGGAGAAGUCCCACAGCAUGCAGGAGCUGGCCGAGCUCGUCAGGAGGCUGGGGGGGAAGGUCUGCACCCACCCCAAACACCAGUCGCCCCCGGCACGGCACGGGACGUCCUAACCCAGCCGGGGGGUGGAAAUAAGACACCGGCGCUGCAGGUGUGACACGGCACAGACCACAGGAAGCAGAUCACAGGGAGCGCACUUGUCCCAAAUCCCACAGGCCUCUCUGUCUCCAGCUACGGCUGCUUUCUGUGUCGCUUUGUCUGAGACAAUCCAGUAUAAAUAUUUAGUUUUAAAUCUACACAGGAAUAAGUCAUCCCCCCCAGUUCAGCUGCUUUAAUUACCCCCCUCCCUCUCCACCUCAGCUGGUGUGUGGGGAGUGUCAUGGCUCAAAAUGGCUGCAGUGCAUCACCCAGGCGAGCGCUAUAGGCUACUGCUGGUGGUAGCCGAGGUCAGGUUUCCUCUUCGCUGAAAGUCACUUUCAUUGUCAGAUGAAUGGUGCAAUAUAAAAACCCCUGAUGGUACCUUUUCCACAGAACUCCCCAUCAGGCUAAGGAAAAUCGACAAUUAUGAUUAAUACGGAGAGUGGAGGACAGACACUAUGGGCCAGAGUUACUAAGGAAACAGCUGC